AUGACUUCAACCAAACUUGUACAAGUAUCAGCGAUGAACAGUCUCAAACCUACACCAUCUGAAUCUCUCGAGCUCAAGGACAUCCCACCAAGUCUCUCACAGCCCUCAUUACACUCGGACAUCCAAUCAAAUACAAAUCAUGGAGAAAAAUUGGUGUACUAUGCAUUACCGAACUUGGCUGCCAGUGGGAAGUCAACUUGCUACCAUUCUGGGGUCUCCAGCACACCUCGAGCAUUCAUGAACAGUACUACCACCACUUCCAAUAUCAACCCUUCCACCAUUUGCAUCACGAAUCAUAGAUUUUCCACGAACACUGUCCUGCUGGCAUCAGAAAAAGUUUCGACAACAGAGUCAGACUGUGAAGACAUAAAUGAUGAAGAUACUAACUCUAGUGACAACGGUCAUGAUGAGGAAUUCAAAGCCCAACUUGUGUUGAACGCAACGCGAGCACAGCGAGAUGUUCGCCUUGCGGAGAAGAAACUCGCAGAUUGUAUUCUCAAGGAGAACACUGCACUUGGGGUACUCUAUCAGUUCAAAGCUACAGAAGCUGAGAGAAAGUUAGAGGACGCUGACAUGGACAUUGGCUAUUGUCCCGGUCUUGUGACUGCCUUAUUUGGGUCAUGUCACGACGGUAACUCCAUACGCCCUAACAACGAGGAGGAUUGCGGGCUUAAGGUGUAUGGACAGUGUGGUCCAGACGAUUGA